CUCACAAUUCAACAAAGCAAGAAAGAAAAAAAAAAGACACCCCACAACAAGAGAUAAGGGUUAUAGGAACCAGCAUACUGCGACACACUGCCCUUAUCUGUGCGGCCCAAACAGGAUCCUGCCAGUGAGGUGGAAGACACAGGGAAGAGCACCACAGAAGAGGAGGGUGAGUGUGUCUCUGAGAAGGCAAGAAGCUGGAGAGAAGAUAAGGGACAGCAGAUCUGGAAACGAGAGCACAAGUUUAAGUCAGCAUCCCAACACAGAGAGAAGGAACCAUGGAUGCAAAUAUGCCACUUAUGUACAUCAUCUUGUGUGGCAUCCUGCUGAUCCUCAGUGUCAUGGUGGCCAUCACCUGCCUGCUGGUGCACCACAAGAAGCAACUCAACCGCCUCAACAUGGAAGUCAAUCAGAAGCGCGUGCAGUACCGCCAAGCCACCAACCACACAUCCCCGGGCAGAGUUGUGGAUGACAGCUAUGUGCGCCCAAACUCUUUGGCUCACCCAAACAUUGGAAAGAAACCCCAGCCAAUGGCCUUUCACCCAUCUCCUGCCUUUAUGGACCCCAACAAACACUACAUGAACGUUUUAUCAGAGUCUGAUCAUUCCUACGAGUCUCUGGAAAAUAUCACGAACUAAAGGCUGCACUGUCAAAUGUUCUGGAGUGUACAUCUUGGCUACUUUGAAAUGGCGCUAGUGGAAGUUACCAGGGUUUUCAAGGGUGUUUUAAUGGUUGCAGUGAUAGUUUAAGCGGCUCAGAUGGAAGCUACUGGUGUUUUCAAGGGUGUUUCCAUCAUCUGAGUGGUAGUUUAAGAAGUUCUUGUAAAAGUUAGUGGGUUUUCAGGGUGAUUUCAUGAUUUGAGAGGUAGUUUAAGAGGCUCAGAUUAAUUACUGGGGUUUCAAGGGUGAUUUUAAUGAUAGUUAAGGAGACUCUUGUAAAAGUUUGCGGGAUUUCCAAGUGUUUUCAUAAUCUGAGUGAUAGUUUGUUCAUUCUGUUAUCUUACAGCAUGUUUAUUUGGGAUUUGAUUCAAUUAUCUCUUUACUUUACUGUAUGUCGAUUGUCAGCAGAAUAUCUCAUCCAACAUAGAUGUAACGUAGUGAUUAAACUUCCCAUUAAUGAUGUAACUGUGUAAUUCUCUUGUUUUUAUUUCUAUCUGGAAUAAGCAUACUGAUUAAUAAACAAAUGUAUAAUU